CCCCUUCGUUCUCCUCACCCAUCCCUCCUGUUGCAACUGCACGGUCGAUUUGUUGUUCGGGCAACUGUCAACAGCAUGAGUUUAGUCUGCCCGUUGCAGGUCGGCUUGUGUGGCGCUUCCAGUUUGCCUAGCGACCUGUUGAUUCGCGGUGUGGUUGUGGGACCUGUGGUGUUGAUGCGUGAAAAACUUGCUGCUCCAUGAGGCCCUGCACGGAGAACAAGAGAGCAAGGGCGAACAGGGUACCCUGGGCGACCACCUGCUAUUCAGCGAGGGCGACCAGGGCAGCUCCAAAGACGAAAUGCAGCUCCACGAGCUCCCGAAGGGCAACUUCAUUGGCAUGGGCGACCCAGGUACUUCGCCAGGCGCUGGCGACGAUGUGGCGGACGAGCGCUCGAGCAACGCAGGUACGGAGAGCUCGAACGACAGCGACGAUGAUGCCAACAGCCUUGAGCAGUUUGCUGUGCGGCGCACCUUUUGCGUGAGUGUGCAAAGCUGGCUCUCUAACGGUGAAGGGGUGAUGAAUGGGUUGGAGAGCGUGUUCUGGCAGCUCCUUGACCAGGCGUUAGACACGGCCUUAGCAGAGACACGCACGAAUUACAAAGCUGUGUUUCGGCGAGGGUGGGCCUGUAUAUGGCCGCGUUUGCCCAUGUAUCGUCGAAUGUCCGCACUCGAUCUCUUUGACACUCGGUUGGACGAUAAACAGUUGCCGACGUUGCGCGAACAUGUCGGCACCGUCCCACCUCCGCACAGAGCAGACGAGUGCCGUCCAGCCGCCGCCUAGAUGUGUCGAGGUAGAUCUGCCAGCCGAGUCGGG